AUCAUGAACUCGGUGGUGUUUGUCAUACGGCUUGUGUUGGAAAAAAUAAAUUAAAAUAUAUUACUUAUUAAAACCUUCAGAAUUAUGUCAUAAAAAAUAAUUUAACCGCAUUUAGAUGAUUCUGAACUAUACAGAAAUAAUGUAGAUUGUCAAUUUAUGCGACUGUAAUCAAUCUUCCUGUUAUGUACUGUGGAAUUAAUAUAUAUACUUCCAAAUGAGUACAUUAAGAGAGGGAUAAGAAAUGGACAAUAUUAGAGCUUGACAGUAAAUUUUGAUGCGUAAUCAAUUUCAUUGUGAUGGAUCCAGACCCCGAGGCAAGCCACUCCGAAGAUGCUCUUUCAAUUCCAGAGGUUCCUGACAUUUGUUCCAUUGAAGAAUAUAAUGAUGUUGAGGCCAAACAAAGGGCAUCUGUGUUGUGGCUCCUUUCAAAAGCAUAUAUGCCCAAGAUUCCACCAGAGCUUUAUGAGCCUUGUUACCGAGAUCAUGAAGGUAAUGAUCGUCUCAAGCCACAGAUAGUACAUGCUCUAGCCAAUGCAGAAUUGUACUGCUUGGCUUUGGCCAAUAUCUAUGCUGAUCCCAAUUACCAUAAUCUCAAUCAUCAUGGUAUAAUUCAAGUGCUAACAAGGAAAGGCAUAGAAAUAAAUGAACCCAUGGAUUCGAACCUAACAGAAACAGUUUUGGUUCAGACUGCACCUAUUAGAAUGAAUGCUCAUAUGGCUGUGAUUGAAGGCAUAAUGGCACUUUUUAUUAAAGAAGUACUUAUUCCUGAAAAAGUUAUGGAGGUGGUUAGUCGUUUUUCUGUUGUAAAUCCUGAAAGUGAACUUCCAUAUGACUGUGAAGAAGCAGCUUUAUUGUGGAUCAAUAAAUGUUGCAUUAAGAUGAGACAUAAAAUUGAAGAAGAACUUGGUACCAAUCACAGCCCUGAUAGUCCAGACUCUAGUCAUCUGCAACGAGGUAACGCUUCUUUCAUAGCAUUGGCUCAAGAUCUAGGAGAUUUGAGUGAUGGAUGUUGUUUAGCUGCUGUCCUUAGUUUAUAUUGUCCUAGGUACUUCAAAUGGCAAGAUAUCCAUUUGCAUGAUCCAAUGACGCUAGCAGAUUCUGUUUAUAAUUUACAGUUAGUUCAGAAAUUUUGUCAGGAACAUUUACCCCAAGAUAUUUAUUGCCUUUCUCUGGAAGAUAUGGUAUACAUGCACCCUUCCAUAGUUCCCAAUGUUCUGGCUUUCAUAGCAGACCUUAUGUAUAUAUUUGAAAUCCGGCCUCCUAAGCACAUCUGCAGACCAGGUGCUAAGUUGGAGAGAGAGGACGAAGCCAAAUUGGCCGAUGUUAAUUAUAUGAAUGGCCAAAGACAGUCUCCUCUCCAGAACUGCAGAAUACGAAAUUUUCAAAAGUCUGUUAGUCCUAUUCCUGAUCUUCGGUCAGGAAAUUAUGAAGUUACUAGAAGUGGUAGUUGGCAAGCUCCACAGAGAUCAUUUUCUGGAAGAAAGAUCAGUAUUCAGGAAGAUAGGAAAUUAGAUGGAUCUAGAUCUUUAAGAAGAACUCAUUCUGUGAAUUUUUCUGAAGUUAAUAGACGUGGAGAGCUUUCAGUGCCAUCUGUGAAUAGUCAAAGGUUCCAUGGAGAUGAUGAUGAUGAAUUAGCUGGUUAUUUUUCUUCAAGGCAACCUCAUUCCCAGUCCCAAUACAAUUUGCUUGACCAAGAAGACAAUCGACGCUCAAAUAGACCUAACAGUGACCACGGUCAGAAAAUGCAUCAAGCUCAGGGCCAUUUCCAGGAACUUUCUUCCCCAGGACAAUUAGAAUCUCUUAGUGAAAAUAAUGAGUUUGUUGGGGGCAAGUGGGCUGAACCUCGAGAAUCUGCUCCUAAGACAAAUCUUCAAAGAUCACCAUCUUCUUAUGAGAUUCAUCAACUAUCUCCCAGUAAACAGACUAUGCCUAAGGGGCGAGGUUAUUCUUGUAAAAGGAGCCAGUCAGAUUUGCACCUAUCACAAGAUAAUAAUGCAUUUAACAAAUCAAAUGAUGAGAAUAACCUCUAUCAAGUUCAAUCGGUUUCACAUGAGCAUUAUUCACCUCGGACAUUUACAAGGGAGCCAAGAAGGAGUCGAAAUUCCUAUCAUGAGUCAAUGCAUAGUAAUUUUGAAAAUUCCAAUGUUAAUACACCAUCCAGAAGGUAUAGUACUGAUUUAGGUAAAGGUCCUGCAAGUGAAUUAGAAAAUCAAAACAAACCACUAUCUGGAAGCCUUACUUGGAGGAAACCAAAGGAUCUCUUUUCUCCAUCAGAAUGGAAUAAAGAGAAUAUGGAUGUGGAAAGUAAUACAAUUCAGAACUCAGAUGAUUCCAGAGUAAAUGAAGAUCAAGGUGGAGUAGUCAGUUUUGCAAAUUUAUCUAAACAAAGGAAUAAUUCAGGGAGUGGUAUCAACAUAGUUUAUACUCAUCAAGAUAGAGAAAUUGAUCAGAGAACAUUUAAAAAAGCAACAAGACCUGAUUAUUUACAUAUCAACAAAUCACAUCCUUCUAUGGAUAAUUCCAGCCCAACAUCCAGCAAUGCAAAUUCUUCAGAUUACAUGAAAGGUCAUGAUGUUAAUUCUGAGCCAAAUCUAGAUUCUUCAGUUGCUGCACAAAUGCAUGAUAUUCGCUUAAAAUUAGAAGAAAAACGAAAAAGGAUUGAACAUGAAAAAGCCCUUCUUGAAAAACUUUCUAAAAAGCAAAGAGAAAAAGUAGGAAAAGCAGCCUUUCUACAAGCAGUGAAAGCUGGAGGAAAUACACCUAUGAGAGAUGAAAAUAAUUACUCAAGGAAUCGGCAGUUCUCUGUUGAAGAUAUUUCCGAAGAUCUUGAUACUGUUAGAAGAAAAUGGCUUGAAAGGAAAGGGGCUGAAGAAGAAGAAGAUAUCCAGCAAUCUAUAGAACAGUUGAAUAGCAGUUUGUCAGAUUUGCAGUCUGAUAUAUCUCGUCUGACAGAACAACAAGAAAUGAUUCAGAAAUUGUUAAAAAGUGGUUCACCUCCACAGAGUGAUAUGCAUGGUUACUUCCUACAUGAUCAACAUAUGGACUCACAAAGUAAAAUUCCUAGCAAAUGGGCAGAACCAGUCAAUACUUAUCAAAAUAAUUCUAUGUAUUCCCAGAAUAUGAUGGCUCCUCCUGAAAUGCCCCCUCAGAUAAGUGGUCGUGGCCACUGGGGUCAGCCAGUGAUUCCAUUUGGUGGCUUCCAGCAACAACAGCCCCAACAACAAAACAUUCCAAUGUGGCAACAGUCUCAGUCAUUAAGAUCUUCUUCUGUAGAACCUCAACUGAUGUACGGUCAACCCUUGAACAUGCAGCCUCAAAUGUAUGAUCGGCCUCCUUCUGCUGUUCCUUUUAAUCAAGGUUUCACUAUCCACCCUCAACAGAUGCCUCAGAACAAUUAUAACAAUUAUUAUCAGCCAAAUCCUUAUUAUCAAAAUGAAGUUCAGCCAUCUGGAAAUAACCAAUUUCAAGGUCAAUACAAUAAUUCUUAUCAUCAAAAUAGUUACCCAGUGAUGCAAAAUACUUUUACUAGGAAUGUUAGUUUAAAUCAGGGAGAUAAUCGAGGUUUUCACUUACAUCGGAAUCCUUCGCAAACUUAUAUCUCUGAUGAGGUGGACAACUAUCAUCGCACAACUAAUAGUCCUGGUGAGAUGCAAUUUGAUGUUCAUAGAUCAGAUUCUAGGCAUUCUAUUCACGGUUCUAAUCAAGAAAAGAAUGCCUUGACUGUUACCACUGAUGAAUUUGGCAGACAUUCCAGAGGUUCAGAAUUGCAACAUUCCCCACCAAAUCGACCAGUUCUGGGUAAAACUUUCAGAGUUCCAAAAUCCAAAGUGCCCUCACCUUCAUCUCCUAAUUAUAAGCAAUCUUCUUUUACUCAACCGCCAUCACAGGAGUCACAAGUUCAGCAACAGACAACUGAAUCGGAUACUAAAGAAAAUGAAAAUCAACUUAAUGACAAAGGAUUCUACAUAUCUUUUGAAGAUGAACCUCGAAAACCCAAACCCAAAUUGAAACCCAAACAUUUGAAAGCCCGAAACCAGCAAAAGAAAAUUGAUUCUGAAUCUCGUAAGAAUGACUCAUCACAAAACAACCAAGAAAAUUCAGAAAGUACUUCAAGGCAAGAUCAUGCAGACGAUCUCAGGAAUGAUGAUAAUGAAACUUCAGACCAGUCAAAAGAAAAGGUACCAGGUGUUGGUUUUGUAGUGGCAGCAGAACCAGUUGAAGAUCCAGACAAAGAAAUGGAAAUGACCAGAAGAAAAGAAAUGAUAAUGAUGAUGUCAUUAAGACGUAGGGCUGAGCAAGAGAAGAAGAAAAAUGAAAAACAGCAGGAGUAUCUGAAAAAGAAAGAGGAAGAAAGAAUGAAACAGGAACAAUUAGAGAAAAAGAAAGAAGAAGAAAAACUUCGACGUCAACUCAUCUUAGAACAAUACCGACAAAGGAAGGCUCAAGAGGAAGAAGAUGGUACAUCUGGUCCAUCCAGAGGCAGGGAAGAGACAACUGCUGCAAGUAGGGGUGCUACGAUGACUAGAUCAAAAUCCAGGUCUGCAUCAGUCACACGACCAAGGCAAAGAAGUGGUCAGUCAUCAAAUAAUCGUAAUCAAAAUCUGUCAUCUCCUUCUUCUCUUGACUCACCUGUUGGAAGAGGAUCACAGUACAACCUUGCAGGUGGAUAUCCUGAUGAAGUAUCCUCCGAGCAUGGUUAUGCACCUUCCCCUUGUCGGAGUCGCAACUACCCCUACUCCUCUUCCAUCUCCCCCACCUCUUUUCCAUCAUCCCCUGGGCCAUUGCUGUCUGGAAUGCUGGGCGGGUCCCGGAAUCGCAGCACCCCAAGUGAUGGUUUAUCGGACAGUAGUUCUACGGUCUCCUCCGCAUGGGCCUCUGAAUAUACAGGGCCUAAACUCUUUGUUAAACCCUCAACAAAGUCUAAUCGUAGUAUUGUAAUAAAUGCUGUAAAUACCGUCCUGGCAGGUGCUGUAAAUUCGGAGACUAAGCGCAAGGUUUUAGAGGAAAUCGAGCGUUCAGAAGGAAAGCACUUCCUUAUUUUGUUUCGAGAUGCGGGAUGCCAAUUUCGUGCUCUUUAUUCCUAUAAUCCUGAAACAGAAGAAGUUAUUAAAAUGUAUGGAAUUGGUCCUAGAGCCAUUACAGACAAAAUGUUUGAUAGAUUUUACAAAUACAAUUCUGGGGGCAAAUCGUUUACUCAAAUUCACACGAAGCAUCUGACUGCAACAAUUGAUGCCUUUACAAUCCAGAAUAGUUUGUGGCAAGGUAAGAAGGCAUCUGCUGCUCCCAAGAGAGACUACUACUGACUAUUAGCCACAAGUGAGAAGUGCCAACGUGAUAGUACGGCCGUCCCUUGCGUCUGUCUGAGUGUCCUGUAAAUAAUCACUGUAAAGUUCUUUCACUUUACCUGUUAACAUUCCACUAGCAACCAACCACUACUGGGCUGUGAUUAAACAAAAGACAUUGUAGAGCUAUAUUUAAAUUUUUAGAAGACUAUGUGAUGGUGAUUGGGAACUGACUGACUGGCUUGUAAAUUAUUAGUAUAAUUGACAUGUACAGAUUUGCCUAUUUCCGUUUGCAUUACAAGUUUUGGUUUCUUUCCCCCUUUGAAUCAAUUGUGAUCUGUUAGAUAAAAUAAUGCUCAAACAAAAUGUAUGCAUUAAUUAAUGCAGUGCUGUGUAGAAAUUUUCUCCCAUUUACUUUAACAUUACAUUUUAAUUUACCCAUUCUUAUACUUUUAUUGCACAACUAGAGAUGUAAGCUAAAAGUAUUUUGCAGAAAGUUAAAAUAUUUUUUUGAAGCUGCCAAUUUAGAAUAGAAUUAAAAGUUAUAAUGAAGUUACUUGUAGCCUAAUUAUAAAACAGAAUCAUUACAUUUGAAAUCAAUGUUGAUGGUCAUUCUGGCUUAAGUAUGAGAUGUAGAACUAAGUUUGUUUUCAAACAAAUUUAUUUAAAUUUAACUAACCAGCAUGGUGUGAAAAGAUGAUAUCAAUGAGCAUUUGGUUAUGAAAUGAAGUGUAUUUUUUCAUUAAAAAUGAAAUAUAAUUAAAUUAUGUCUAAGAUACUAUUGCUUUUCCUUCCUCCCCCCCCCUUGCCUUCUUCUUCUUUAUAUAUAAUUUUUCCUCCUUUCUAUAAUGCUGUUUACUGUAAUGAAUAUCUUAAUCGAUAGUCAAUAUUUUAAAAUUAUAUCUCUAAAUUUUAUACACAUGCUGGUUAUAUAGUAUUUGAUUUUACAAGUAUUUUUUAAGACAUUCCUUUUAUUUGUGGGGCCACAUUUUCUCAAGGUGUUAACUUUUCAUAACCAUUUUGUUUUUAUAACUAUCACAUUUGUGAUUCAGUGUGAUCUGUGAAAGUCAACACAGUAUUUCUUGCAUAUAUUUUAGUUGAUAAUUUACAAUUUAGAUGUUUUACAAUAUUUAUAUGUUACCAGUGUUUUUUAAUCUUUUUAAAAACUUCAAACAAAAAUAAAAUCUCCUUAAUUCUUUUAUAUACAUUUAACUACUACUAAGUGUGUUUUUAUUCAAAUCAUUCCUAACUUUCUUUGUUGUUAAUUACAUCUUGUCAAUGUAAUGUGGGAGGAAAGUUUUAAUUCUGAACAAAUAUUUGCAAAAAAAAAAAAGAGAGAGAGACGGAAAACUGAAACUUUCCUUAAGCUUAUUCCCAGAAAGUUUGCAGAGUCAUGGUCAAAAACUAAGAGAAAAUUGUUCUAAGUAAAUAAUCUCAUUACUUAUAUUACUGCUCUUUAUACAGUGCAGUUAAAGAUUUAAUGAUAAAUAUGGCCAUUUCAUUAACCAUCGCUUAUUGCCUACAAGUUUAUCAGCUGCUUGAGCCAUAUAUCAUGUCUGUUCCUACCUUAAAUUGACCUGUUUUAACAUACUGUCUUCCAAUUUUUAAUGCCUUCUGAAUAAAUUGUUUUGAGUUGUGAAGUGCUUUUGUUUAGCAUUAGAAAUAGGCACCAUUACAUAUGGUAAAGCAGGCAAGAACAAAUAUCUUUUGUACAUGUGAGUGUUCAACAGAAUUUUCUCUUGGUUUCUACAUAAGUUGUACAUUCACCUUUUUUUCCCCCCCAAUUCUCAGUGUUCAUGGACUAUAAAGCUGCAUGCCUUCUGAAUGAUUUGUUGUGUAUGAAAGUUAAACUAUGAUGUUUCAUUUACCAGUUAAAGAGCUUUGUAAUCAAGUAACAAAUAAAUCUUUUCAACAGCUUUGUACUCAAA